GUGAUAUUGUCCUUUAACUCAGACGUUCCCACUCGAAUAACAUAAGGAAGGAAGAGCGAUGUUUUUCAGAGGAAGCUAAACACCACCGCAUCAACUGGGUUUGAACUUUGAUGAACGGUAAACGAUGAACGCAGUGAGGCGUAGAUUGUUGCACACUCUUCGCAGCGACGCCCCCUCUGGAACACUGAAGAGAAGGGCGUUGGAAUUGGAGAAGAAGAGAAAGACUCGGCACUCGAAGAGCAAGGACCAGUUCAUCGUCACAGUUCCCGAAUCCCUCUCCUACCUCGACACCGCCACCAUCCCCAUGUACUUCGCCGCCAUCGGAAUCGCUCUCUUCGCCAAGCUCCUCAUGACGUACGAUGAUUCGAGGUCCCAAGAGCUGCUGGAGCGGAAGAUAAAGAAUGCCCCUGAAGGGCAAGGCAGUGUUAGAAUGCUCACUCGAGAGGAGUGGGAUGAGUUUCGAGAAGUCAGGCCCAGAACUCCGUUUGAGUCCACGCUUGCGCGCCCCAAUUCCAGAAUAAGAACCGGCGAACCGUUGCGUCUGGAGGACGUGAAGGAUUGGACGACUGAUGUUCUCAUGGAUGCUUUUCACAGGGUAGAAGAGUAUGGUAAACAUGGUUCUAAGUAAUGUAACUUGUCCUUAGUUAUAUCUUUUUUUUUUCUUUUCAAUUUUAAUGCUUAAUAUAACUAAUUUCCAGUACUAUGUGUUGUUGUAAUCUCUGAUGAGAUGGGGUGAAAUCAUAAUAACUACUGCACAUUCACCAAGGAAAAUUGUAUGAAAUUUUGGCAAACAUGAAUUACCGAAUGGAUUAUAUAUUGGUGUAAGUAUGUUGUAAUGUACUCUUUAAAACAAUAUAAGAUAGCUACUGUGUAUGCUCA